GGAGAAUGCCCCUCCGGCACCCACCAGCUAAGAACCGAUAACUGUGGUGAUGGGCAUUGCUGCGUUACUGGACACAAAGUCUACUGCGAAUGUAUCGGUAACCCUGGUUGCGGUGCUUUCUGGUCCGGGACUGCGCCGUUUUGCGAUCCGGAGCCGUGUCCGGCAGGAUGGCACGAGGCAGGGAGAAGUGACUGGGGGGACGGUGGCUACUGCGUCACUGGAAAGAAGAUUCUCUGUGAAUGCAAC